CAUACCACCAAAAUACAAACUCCUACUUCUAUCGCGAAUUGCCGAGAUAACAUAUUAUAAAAAUGACAAGUGCCCGCCGGGUUUCCUGUUCGGCCGGUCGGGUUGUUUUUGUGGUAGGACCCGCGUCCUGUGUUUGAAGGGAAGUGCAGCUUGCUUUCUCCUGGCAUGGAGGAGCUCCAUUGCGCAUCAGCUUGCUUUCUCCUGGCAUGGAGGAGCUCCAUUGCGCAUCAGCUUGCUUUCUCCUGGCAUGGAGGAGCUCCAUUGCGCAUCAGCUUGCUUUCUCCUGGCAUGGAGGAGCUCCAUUGCGCAUCAGCGUGCUUUCUCGCCGUUCUCUUGUAGAAAAGCAUUGUGUUUCCCCUGAAGACCAUGAGCUCCCUGGUAGCGUACGAGGACUCUGAUUCAGAGGAGGAUAGGUCUGGACUGGCCAGCCCAGCUCGCCUGGCUGCUACUACCUCUGGUUUUGAACUCCCGUCUGGGCUGCCUGCUGGUGGAGAUGCAGGGUCUGUCAGAGGAAAGCCUAGCAGUGCGUCUGGCAGCAGCUCCACCCUUCACCUAGCUCCUGAUCUCCGGUAUAGAUGGAGGGAGGGAGAACACAGGGACAGCAGAGAAACUCUGACGUUGAACCCUCCUAAGAGAUUCCCUACAGACCCGUGGAUCAGGCAGGGGUCAUCAUAUCCCUGUCCUGAAAGCAGCAGGGAAACGGUGCAAGGCCCCGCAGUGAAGGGUGAAAACACCUCUCUAAACACACACAAGAGGCCCGCGCAGCAGCCACAGAUUGCCCCAGGACGGGUUAAGCCUUACGUACCCAAAAGAAUGAGGCUGCGGCAGCUUGAUACUCAUGAUGCAGAGCAUGCUGAGGACUCGGAGCUUCAACCAGACAGCCAGCAACAUUCCAGACUGCUAAGCCAGGUUUCUGAAAGUGUCAAACCUUAUUUAGGCUCAAAGUACAGCUGUGCUGAAAUCCCCAAGCGGCUUCUGUUCAAGUUGCUGGAACAUCAGGGCCCGGUGAAUCAGAUCCAGUGGUGUCCAGUGCCACAGUCCAGCCACCUGCUGCUCUCCGCUUCCAUGGACAGAACUGUAAAGGUCUGGGACGCGGUGGACUCAGGGCGCUGUUGGAAGACCUAUUCGUCUCACAGCGGGGCGGUUCGGGAUGCCUGCUGGUCCUCCUGCGGGAGGAACAUUCUCAGCGGCUCCUUCGACACCACCGCUCAUCUGACGGAUGUGGAGACAGGCCAGCGGUUAGUUGAGCUGAGGAACGAGUUCAGGGUGUGCUGCCUGGCGCUGCAGCCCAGGGACCCUCACGUCUUCCUGUGUGGAGGCUUCAGCUCCGAGGUUAAAGCCUGGGACUGCAGGAGCUGCCAGGUGAUCCGCUCGUACAAGGCUGGGAUACAACAAACUCUGGACAUUGUGUUCCUUCCAGAGGGCAAGGAAUUCAUCACCAGCACAGACUCUGUGAGCAGAGACUCAGCUGACCGGACCCUCAUCGCAUGGGAUUUCCAAACCACUGCAAAGGUCUCCAAUCAGAUUUAUCAGGAGCGCUAUACUUGCCCAAGCCUGGCUCUUCACCCUAAAGAGUCCGUGUUUGUUGCGCAGACUAAUGGCAAUUACAUGGCUCUGUUUUCAGCACAGCGUCCGUACAGAAUCAACAAGAAGAAGCGUUACGAAGGACAUAAGGUCGAGGGGUACGCGGUCGGCUGUGAGUUCUCUCCGGAUGGAUCUCUCCUGGCCACAGGCAGUUCGAACGGCGUGGUUCAUUUCUAUAACUAUCUGACCUCCAGGGCUGUCAGGACUCUGCCCGCCCACCAACAAGCUUGCGUUUGUGUGACCUUUCACCCCGUCCUGCCAGCCAUCACUGCAACAUGUGACUGGAGCGGAGAAAUCAAUACCUGGCACUGAUAGGAGAUGGGAGCCACUGGAGCGCAACUCAGAGGUCCAUAUGCACUGGAACCUGCUCAGAGGUCCAUAUGCACUGGAACCUGCUCAGAGGUCUAUAUGCACUGGAGCGCCGCUUGGAAGUCCAUAUGCACUAGAGCACCGCUCAGAGGUCCAUAUGCACUGGAGCGCCGCUCAGAGGUCCAUAUGCACUGGAACAUCUGCUGCUUGUGUGUGUUCACACUUACUGUGUGCUGUUCUAUCUUGGAAUUUACCUUUUAUAUUAAAAAAAACCAAAAAAC